ACUUCAUGGUACUCAGGGAAAAACCUAAGGAGCGCAAGAGCCGGUCAGUGCUGUCAGUGUGCUGGUAAAAUGAGCCAUAUCGAGACGCGACUCCCUCUCAAACGCUUAACAAGACGACAUCUUCAACGCGUCUAAUCUUGUAUUGCGAGUAAUCACAGCUGGAGAUUUUUAACCGUUUACUAGGCGUCCUAACGUUGAUCGAUCGUUUCCUUCUGUGCGUUGUGGCUGAUUCUCUGUUGCGCUGGAUCUGUCGUGUCAGAAGAUGUGUGUGGAGAGCGAUGGAUGCGAGAUAGAGGGCUGCAGCAGUUCUGAUGAGGUGCACACUCUCUCGGGCAGCAUGAGUCCUGGACUGAAAUCCAACCCGGACCUCCAUCCCUGCAAGCCCGGGCAGAAAUUCCGAGCCGCGCUGCUCAGAUGCCGGUCUCCGGCGGCUGCGGCUGGGAUUCUCAGUUUUGGGAAUGUGCUCAAUUACAUGGACAGAUACACUGUGGCAGGGGUUUUGCUCGACAUCCAGAGACACUUCAAUGUAUCGGACAGUGGAGUGGGCUUGUUGCAAACAGUUUUCAUCUGCAGUUUCAUGGUGGCGGCGCCCAUCUUCGGUUACCUGGGCGACCGUUUCAACAGGAAGAUCAUCCUGAGCUGUGGCAUCUUCUUCUGGUCCGCCGUCACCCUCUCCAGCUCCUUCAUCACCAAAGAGUAUUACUGGCUGUUCGUCCUGUCCCGAGGCCUGGUGGGGAUAGGUGAAUCCAGCUACUCCUCCAUCUCUCCUACAAUCAUCGGAGACCUCUUCACCAAUAAUAGCCGAACCAUGAUGCUCUCAGUCUUCUACCUGGCUAUCCCCCUGGGAAGCGGGCUAGGCUACAUCCUGGGCUCCAGUGCAAAGGAGGCUGCAGGAGACUGGCACUGGGCAUUGAGGGUAUCUCCAGUGCUGGGGAUGACAGCAGGGACCCUGAUCCUGUUCUUCGUGCCUGAGCCAAAGAGAGGCCAUGCUGACCAGCUAGGAGGGCGCAUCAAACAUCGCACCUCCUGGCUCUGUGACAUGAAGGCCCUGGCCAAGAACCGUAGCUAUGUGUUCUCCUCCCUGGCGUCUGCUGCGGUGUCAUUUGCCACGGGGGCAUUUGGCAUGUGGAUCCCUCUCUACCUGUUCAGGGCUCAGGUGGUACAGAAGACAGCAGAGGCCUGCACUAAAGACAUCUGCAGCAGCAAGGACAGUCUGAUCUUUGGUGCAAUCACGUGUGUUACGGGGCUGUUGGGGGUGGUGAUCGGGGCGGCCACCACCCGCCUGUGUCGUCAGAAGACUGAGCGGGCGGACCCCCUGGUGUGCGCCGUCAGCAUGCUGGGCUCAGCCAUCUUUGUCUGUCUCAUCUUCGUUGUGGCCAAGAAGAGCAUCAUAGGAGCUUAUGUCUGUAUCUUCAUAGGGGAAACACUGCUCUUUCUGAACUGGGCCAUCACGGCGGACAUUUUAAUGUAUGUUGUCAUCCCGACUCGGAGGGCCACAGCAGUUGCCUUCCAGGGCUUCACUUCCCAUCUCCUGGGGGAUGCUGGAAGCCCAUACCUCAUAGGCCUGAUAUCGGACGCCCUCCAGAAGAGCUACACUAGGUCGGUGCUAUGGCAGUUCCUCAGUUUGGGUUAUGCCCUCAUGCUCUGUCCCUUCGUCAUCGUCCUGGGUGGCAUGUUCUUCCUGGCAACCGCCCUCUUCUUCCUCGACGACAGGGACAAAGCAGAGAAACAAUUGGCAGCAAUGACGCGACCACCCUCCUCAGUAAAGGUAUGACAAGGUCUCCUGAGGAGGGGCCGUCCUUGGGAGGAAGCAGAGGCUCUGCAUGCUGCGCUGAACGAGGGAGGAUGAAAGAGAGAGAGAGAGAGAGAGAGAGAGAGAGGCAGCUGAUCCACGUCUUUAUACCCAAGCCAUCCACCUUUAACUUCUUCGUCCUCACCACCCUCAUCAUUACUUUUCUUAUUCAACAUGUUGUGUGGAGGCUGUUACUGUUUAUAACUGGAAAGAGGGAGCACUUUGUUUAACCCUAUAGAAGCCUCUGUCACACCACUCCAUGGACUGGCCAAUCACACAAAGCAGUGUGCUGAAGCCAGCCAAUCGGCUCGGCAGCUGAUGGCUUCUGACCUUUUCGGGUUGUCUACUAAGAGCGAGUCACAGAACCACCUGGCCCCUCCCCCAGUGCUAUACUACUGAAUGCUGAACAUGGACCUGCCCUAUCUGUCUGUCCGUCCAUCUGUCUGUAUGUCUGUCUGUCACAUGGCCUGUCAAUCUGCACCAAGUGCAAUAUCAUGACAUUCCACCACACAGAGGUUCUGCACUGACUGCCGUCACUAUAACAACCACCACAACCAUCAAAAACAGGAAGUCACUUAAAGGCCAAAAAAUGUAAAAAUAGUGAACAAAGUCAGUUUCCCCAUUUCUCUCUCUCCAUCCACCAUGACAGUCAGGUCUGAUGAUCCAUCCAGCCAGCCUUAAGACUUUGAGCUUAUACAUUAAUGACACACAGUGCAGGCAGGUUUCUUAUUUUCUUUUCAUCCCCCCUUCCGUGUUAUAUUUUGUUUCUGUCUUUUUAGCACUUAUAUUAAAACAGUGCCGGCCACACCGUACCAUACUCAGUAAGUGAUCAAAGAUUUUUUUAUUCUACUAUGUGAUUUUUUUAUUAUUUUUUUUAUUUCACCUUUAUUUAACCAGGUAGGCAAGUUGAGAACAAGUUCUCAUUUACAAUUGCGACCUGGCAGUGAUGUUGGAUAUAAAACUGGAGGUUAUUCUUGAUUGCCUAUGAUUGUUUCAGUAGGCUUAAGGUGAGACCUCCCCAGCUCAUUAAUGAAAGGACACUGGAGUAGUACAUGUUUUAUAGUUAUUCUAAUGUAAAUGUUUUUAUUUAAAAAAUAUAUAUAUGUAAAUGCUCCAUUUUAACCUAUAGAAGCAGUUUUGAAGGGGUGAACGAUAUACUUGUUUUUACCCUGCUUUGAAGGGAGCAAUGCAUUCUAUACAGUGGGAGAAGGAGCCUAGCAUGCAUUGGCCAUAUCUGUGAACAAUGUUCCUUUUAACAAAUUUAUCUCAGAUGGUUGGAUUUGAGGUUCCGGACUGGAUACACCACCCACAUUGAAAGAGAGUGACAGUGGCACCUUUUAAUGGUGGAUAAGAUUCACUAUCCCCAACCAGUCACAAUAGCUGUCUUUGUGCACACACAGGGAUUAUUUUACCCCUUGAGGAUAUCCCAUUCCCGGAGUUGAGGAAAGAAAAGGACACGUAAAAAAGAGGGAGCCUCAGUCGGUUGUAGUCAUAAGUUAAUUAGUCACAGAAAUCAAACCCUUCGAAAGGCAUCAUAUUGCCCAGGUUAAAUUGGAGGAGUUUUUACCCUUGUUCACCCUCAAAUGGGGGCUAGGAGUUGUGGCAUUGGAAAAAAGCACUGCUUUCAUAGGAUACAGAAGGAAAUACAUGUUUUAUCUCUGAUUCACUAUGUACACAAUGGAGAUGAUGCUUUACUGCCUAUGUCAUAUACUAAUAGACCAUUCUAUGCAUCAGUUUGGGCAUCAUAUUUGACAGUUUGUGCAAUAUCAUGCAAUCUACUCUAACAUAAUAUGUCAAAGAGGAAGACAAUAAUAAUUUUUUAGGACGAAUUCUGUACUUUACAACGCGACGAAAGCAACUUUUCUCCAACACACAACUCUACAAAAGGAAUAUGUGGUUUCAUAUUUUCUAUUGAAAGGAAAGCACCUUGUAGAACUUGAUGUGGAAAUGUUGUGAUAGAUUGAAUUCAUUGGAUAGGCUUUGAGAUGGUUAUUGUGUAGUAACGUAUGGGUCUGGCUCAUCUUGGCUUGGUGUGUGUGUGUGGGGGGGGGGGUCAUGGGAUGAUGGAUGUGUCUCUAUUGCCAGUUAAUUUGUCUCAGCUUCCCUCGCUCGAUCUGUGACCCAAAUGGUACCCUAUCAAGUGCACUACUUUUGACCAGGGCCCAUAGGGCUCUGAUCAAAGUAGUGCACUAUAUAGGGUAUUAUUUCAGAAGCAGACAUAAACUGUGAGGAGGAGAGCUCUCUGAAUGUGAUUCUAUCCGACCUGAUGUGUUUACUCAGCAACAUCAUCUUAAUCAAGUUUCUUAUCUUUCUUUUCUUUCUUUUAUGGACUUUCUUUUUAUACAAAUUAGUUUUAUAUAUGACUGCAAUAGAGAUAUAUAGCUAUAUUAUUCAGCAAUUUUAAUAUAUUGUAAAUGAUGGCUUGGAUGCAAUGUAUUUAUUUGUUUGUUAAUGAAGAUUGAAGAAGAAUCUGUAAAGGGAAGUUGAUGUUUUAAGUAUACUCUUAAGUAUAUACUUUAUUGUCUCUUUGGGUUAAGAAAGGCUCCUACGUAUAUGUUCAUCAUAUUGUAUUGCAAUGAAACAACACAAUACCUUUUUACAUCACUGAGAAUCCUUGUGUUUACUGUGAUCAUGAAUUGGAUAUCACACACACACGCAAACGCACAGACACACACGAACACAUACACAGGGAACUGCAUCGUUAACCGUUUUAUAACCGAACUAUUGUUCUAUGCUCUAUUGCUCAAUGCUUCAUUUUGUAUUUUCAAGUGUCGCUUCUUUUUCUAGACCAACAAAUCAAAGUAUUUUGCACGUUAAUUUUCAUUUGAUUGAGAAGGUGAUAUUCAGGGAUUUAUUUGUAACCCAUAACUGGCAUGUUGUUCUAGAAUCCACUUCACACAUUCUAUAGAACUCUGUAGAACACUCUCGCACAGAACACUUUCAUGCUGGCAUUCUGUCUUAGAACAACAGUAGAGGGGCACAUAGUUUUGUUUGGAUGGGUUAUGAAUGGAGGUUCACACAAUUCCAAAUUGAUAUAAUUUAGAUCAAAUAUCCUUUAGAAGUAAAAACAUAAUUUGUAUGGAGUAAUUCUAUUUGAAUAAUCACAGGAGUGAUGUAUUGAGAAUGUGCUCUUUCUUGUCAUACAAGAAUCAUGUAAAAAGAGGCCUAUUUCUGAUAUUGAGCAGAAAUCAGAGGUUAUUUUUAUUUUUAGAAUAACUGUGUUAAAAAUAAGUGAAAAAGAAAAUACAAGCGAUCAACAAAAUCAUUCUAGAACUUAACUGUGACACUCCCUCGGGGGGUGAUAUGAAAUGUACACCUAUAUGUAAAUGAUCAAAUAAACGUAUUUAAUCAAA